GCUGAACCUUGAACGAGACUUGGGAAUCAAAGUAUCGUCUGCUAGCAUAUGCAGGCAAGCUAUUUUGAAAUUCUACCAUUUCGGCCAUUGGUGGGUUUAUUAUUGCGAGCAAGUAAACAAAUGAAGUAGAGGAGAAAUGGCGCCUUCCCGCCGAUCUGUUGCAGCUAACAAAUCUCGUGCUACUCCAAAGCGUAAUAAAGUCAAUGAAUCAAGUAAAGAUGAAUCCGGGAAUGUUUCUUCGUCUGCGGAAGAGAAACCUUUUUUGUUACUGGAAGAUGUCACGUGUAAAAUUUGUUUAAAUUUGAUGGUAAAACCAGUCAGUUUGCCAUGCCAACACAAUUUGUGCUAUUCAUGCUAUCUAAGUUGUGUUGAAAAAUCAAAUCUGGCAUGUCCCAUGUGCAGGAAACGGAUUAGUGUAUGGUGUCGUCAAGCUGCCAAAACCAAUACUAUUGUAAACGAAACUAUGUGGGAACAAAUUCAGGUUCAAUUUCCUGAACUUAUUGAGGCACAUAAUGUUGAAGGCAAAGAUGACAAGGAUAUUGAGGAUUUUUUCCCCACUGUUCCCAUGCAUCAGUUUGCAGAGCCUGGUGAACUAUUGAAAGAGUUUGAGAAGGAACAGGAGAGGCAAACAAAAGAAGAAGAAGAAAGAAGGAAAGAAGAAGAGAAAGCCUCAGCCGAUCUCAUAGCACAGCUUGCCAUAGAGCAGGCUGAACGUGCUAAGGCAAAUGAGGAACUGGAGAGAAUAAGAUUAGCAGAUGAGGCCUUAGCCCUUGAACUUUCUGGAAGGGAAGAUAAUAUUCGCAAGUUACGGCGAUCAACUAUUAUACAGACACCCCCGUCAUCAAGAAAGCGACCAAGAAAAACUAGUUCCGAUGCCAAGUCCACUCCAGCAGCCAAAAAAAUCAACAAGUUUUUUUCUAGUCGCUCUAAUGAAAAUGACGAGCCAUCACGAUCUCCAUCUGCGUUUGUGCCUGUAACUGAACAUUUCCAAAAAAAGGAUGUUUCGAUGAGUGAACCUCGGAGUUCUUCUUGCACUAGCUUGGAGAGCAUAGACCAAGAAGUGAGCAAAAGAUUACAUUUUCGCCCGAUAAAUGCCGCUCCACUCACUCCGCCAAAAAAUUCACCUGGCAACAGCGAAAUUGUCAAGCCUCAAGUGGUUACUGCAGCCAAGAACUUGAACCAACUUUAUGGUCUGGCCACUCUGGCGGAGGAAAAAGCUCUAGAUUUACCCGAAGAUGUUAAUCAUAAUAGCACGUCUGAUGAUUCAGUCAAAGACGGUGGAGUGUUGGCUCAAGAACUCCUGGAAAUGGAACGCGAGUGGCUUCGAAAGAAGAAGGAACAAGAGGAAGCCGACAAUGAAUUAGCACGGAAGCUACAACAAGAACUGGACGAAGAAGCCAAUCCUGGAAGAGCCUUAGUCAACCGCAGCAAAGGCAGUAGAGACGAAUACCAACUACGCACGAAGAAAUUAAAGAAUCAACCCACAAUAGAAGAUUCUUUCCAGCGGCCUUCAUUUCGUAAGUCCAAUCCGCUUCCUUGAAUGACUUCCUCACUAAAUUUCUUUGGAAUUGAGCACGAGUUUUGAUCUUUCACAUGAAGCAACGUACAAAAAAAUCAAUUAUUAUGAUUAAAAAUUGUGAUUUCAAUACAUAGAAGACAAUUAAUUUCUUA